GCUGAGUUUGAUCCGAUUUCAGGAGUUUUGAGAAAGCAAUACCUGCAAGUUCUGCUAGGUUCCUGAACUUAAACUGCACGUCGCAACAAAGGGAGGGGAACGCGUCUGGGUCCCGGAGUGCACCCACUUAGCUGCUUUCUCCCCUCUCUUGCUCUAGUGAUGGAAGGGAUGGAGGAAGCCGAGGCCGAUUGCUCGGCUGCAUUUGCAGAGGCUCAGAGAUGGGUAGAGGCUGUGACUGAGAAGAAUUUUGAAACCAAGGAUUUUCGAGCCUCUCUAGAAAAUGGUCUUCUGCUGUGUGAUUUGAUUAAUAAGCUCAGACCCGGCAUCAUUAAGAAGAUCAAUAGACUGUCUACACCAAUUGCAGGUUUGGAUAAUAUAAACGUUUUUUUGAGAGCUUGUGAACAGAUUGGAUUGAAAGAAGCCCAGCUUUUUCAUCCUGGGGAUCUACAGGAUUUAUCAAACCGAGUCACUGUCAAGCAAGAAGAGACUGACAGGAGAUUGAAAAAUGUUUUGAUAACUUUGUACUGGCUGGGAAGAAAAGCACAAAACAAUCCCUACUAUAAUGGUCCCUAUCUCAAUCUGAAAGCUUUUGAGACUCUGUUGGGCCAGGCUUUGACCAAGGCUCUUGAAGAUUCUAGCUGCCUGAAAAGCAGUGGCCGCGACAGUGGCUACGGGGAUAUCUGGUGUCCCGACAGAGGAGAAUUUCCUGCCCCUCCAGGCAGCCAUAGGAGGGAAGAUUCCUUUGAAAGCUUGGACUCCUUGGGGUCUAGAUCACUGACCAGCUGCUCCUCAGAUCUCACGCUCAGAGGUGGGAAGGAAGGUUUCGAAAGUGACACAGACUGGGAAAUCACAUUCAAAAUGCAGGACUAUAACAAAGAUGAUAUGUCCUAUCGAAGGAUUUCAGCUAUUGAGCCAAAGUCUGCCCUACCAUUCAAUCAAUUCUUGCCCAACAAAAGUAAACAGCCAUCCUAUGUGCCCGCGCCUCUGAGGAAGAAAAGGACAGACAAAAAUGAGGAUAACAGAAGAAGCUGGGCAAGCCCAGUCUACACAGACUCAGACGGGACAUUUUCAAGUAACCGGAGGAGGACUUGGGGUCCCAAGAUGGAGCGCUGGCACACAGUCCACGAAACGUCAACCUCCUCUUGUUAUUUGGAAGAGGAGGAAGAAAAGAUAACGCGCAUACCCAACCUUGUGAAGGACGAUCUCUAUGUACGGAAGUUGAGUCCAGUCAUGCCAAGCCCAGGGGGUUCUUUUGAUCAGUUUCUUCCCAAGUGCUGGAGCCCAGAAGAGAUCAGCUGGAAAAAAAUAAAGAGGGAGACUUAUAAGCCAUGGUAUAAGGAGUUUCAGGGAUUCAGUCAGUUUUUAUUGCUUCAGGCCCUUCAGACAUACUCUGAUGACAUCUUGUCUUCGGAUACAAAUGUCAAACUCGAUCCCACCUCUGGCCCAAGGCUCAUAACUCGCAGAAAAAAUCUCUCUCACACACCAGGCUAUCAAGCAGAUGACCUUGAGCUGACAGCCUUGGAUCCUGACUUAGAAAAUGAUGAUUUCUUUGUCAGAAAAACUGGGGCUUUCCGUGCAAAUCCUUGUGUUUAUCGAGCCUUUGAAGACUUUCGAAGGUUCUCUGAGCCAGACGAUGCUGUUGAACGAGAUAUAAUUUUGCAGUGCCGGGAAGGUGAGCUUGUACUUCCAGAUUUAGAAAAAGACGAUAUGAUUGUUCGUCGGAUCCCAGCACAGAAAAAAGAGGUGCCACUGUCUGGGGCCCCCGACAGAUACCAGCCAGUCCCUUUUCCUGAACCCUGGACCCUACCUCCAGAGAUCCAAGCGAAAUUUCUCUGUGCCCUCGAAAGGACAUGCCCACCCAAAGAAAGAAGCAGUAGCUGCCGAGUCUUAGUCCCUUCCCACCGACAGAAGAGAGACGACAUGUUGACUCGCAAGAUCCAGUCAUGGAAGCUGGGGACUGCUGUGCCUCCUGUCAACUUCAAGCCUGGCCCCUGCAGUGAGGCCGACCUGCAGAAGUGGGAGGCCAUCCGGGAGGCCAGCAGACUUAGGCACAGGAAGCGGCUGAUGGUUGAGAGACUCUUUCAAAAGAUUUAUGGUGAGAAUGGGAGCAAGUCCAUGAGCGAUGUCACCGCAGAGGAUGUUCAGAACCUGCGUCAGCUGCGGUACGAAGAGAUGCAGAAAAUCAAAUCCCAACUGAAAGAGCAAGAUCAGAAGUGGCAGGAUGAUCUUGCAAAAUGGAAAAGUCGCAGGAAGAGUUACAAUUCAGAUCUGCAGAAGAAGAAGGAGGAGAGGGAAGAGAUCGAAAAACUGGCCCUGGAGAAGUCUGACCGAAGCUCCAAGACAUUUAGGGAAAUGCUGCAGGACAGGGAAUCUCGAGUUCUGAAUUCUACAAGGAGGAUGUAUUCUGCUGAUGAUGCCCUGGAUGAUGAAGUACUUCAUCCUACAGUGACUCUGUCUGAAACCAGCUAUCAGAGAGAGAGACUGGGAGACAAGACAACAGCUUAUCCUGCCGAGACGGCCAAAGAAGAUUCCACAACGUUUGCAAAGAGACAGGACAGUGUAACAGCUGAGAUUCAGCAUCCUUCUCAUAUUCCUGAAGAGCAGCGGCCGGCCCCUUUAUCUGCUGCAGAAUCACACCAGGCCCCCUUGUCUUCUGCAGAACCACACCAGGCCCCCUUGUCUUUUGUAGAACUUCACCAGGGCCCCUUGUCUUCUGCAAAACCGCACCAGGGCCCCUUGUCUUCUGCUGAGCCUCACCAGGCCCCCUUGUCUUCUACAGAACCACACCAGGCCCCCUUGUCUUCUACAGAACCACACCAGGCCCCCUUGUCUUCUACCGAACCACACCAGGCCCCCUUGUCUUCUAUAGAACAGCACCAGGUCUCUUUAUCUCCCGCCGAGCCAUACAAGGUCUCUUUAUCUUCAGUAGCACUGCGUCCACUCUCAUUUUCGUUUCAGCAGUCGCUGAGUACCAGAGGAGAGUCGACUCGGAUUUCAGCUUCUCUCCCUAGAAGUUACCAGAAAGCCGAUACAGCCAGGUUAACAUCUGUGGUCACAGCGAGACCUUUUGGCACGCAGUCAAGGGGAAUCUCAUCACUGCCCAGAUCCUACACGAUGGAUGACAGCUGGAAGUACAAUGGUGAUGUUGAGGUUGUCAAGAGACCUCAGCGGAAUUUCGUCAUAGCCCCUGCCCCGAAGCUUGACUCCACCCAGUUUGUUUUGGGUUCAUCCAGUGAAAAGGAGGCAGCCCCAGGAGAAGAUGUGGCAAGCGUGUCCUCUUCCACACCCUUUUCUUCGCUCUCGCAAGACCAGGCAGCCACUUCAAAAGCCACACACUCUGGAGAAGGGAGAAGCUCACCACUGAGGGACGUUUCAAGGUCCCAGGAUCAGUUCAGCGAUAUGAGAAUCAGCAUAAACCAGACGCCUGGGAGCCAACCUGACUUCGGGUUUACAAUAAAAUGGGAUUUUUCGGGGAUCUUUGUGGCAUCCGUUGAAAAAGGUAGCCCAGCAGAAUUUUCUCAGCUGCAGGUAGAUGAUGAGAUUCUUGCCAUCAAUAACACCAAGUUUUCAUAUAAGGAUACAAAAAAGUGGGAGGAAACCAUGGCAAGCGCCCAAGAAACCGGAAACUUAGUGAUGGAUGUCAGGCGCUAUGGAAAGUCUGGUUCGCCUGAAACAAAGUGGACGGACAUGACUUCAGGGAUUUACACCUUGGACAAGUCCUCAAGUCUGUCGGUAACAACUGAUUUCUCUGAAAGCCUUCAGAGUCCUUACACCGAAUCCAAAGAAAUCAAUGGAAUUCACGAAGAAAGCAACACCCUUGAUCCAAAAGCAUCAGAAUCCAUUUCUUUGAGAAAUUUAAAAAGGCGGUCCCAAUUUUUUGAACAAGGGAGCUCCGAUUCUGCGGGUCCUGAUGUUCCAGUUCCAACCCUCAGUGCCCCAAGUCGCUGGGCAUGGGAUCAAGAGGAGGAGCGAAAACGACAGGAGAGGUGGCAGAAGGAACAGGAUCGUCUACUCCAGGAAAAAUACCAACGUGAGCAAGAAAAGCUGAGGGAAGAGUGGCAGAGGGCGCAACAAGAGGCCGAGAGAGAGAAUUCCAAGUACUUGGAUGAGGAGCUGAUGGUCCUAAGAUCCAACAGCAUUUCUCUGACUACACGGGAGCCUGUGACUGCCACUUGGGAAUCCACCUGGAGUGAAGGGUCCAAGUCUUCGGACCGGGAAGGAACCCGAGCAGGGGAGGAAGAGAGAGGGCAGCUGGAAGAGGAUGCUGUUCGUGAGGACAAAAGUCGGAAACUGCAGGAGCAGCUCAUGCUUGAGCAGGAGAAGAAACGGAAGGAAGAAGCUCAGGAAGAAGAGCUACGGAAGCAGCGGGAGGCUGAGGCGCAGGCGCAGGCUGAGGCAGAAGCCAAGGCUCGAGCAGAGGCCCAGGCCCAGGCAGAGGCUCAAGCGCGAAAACAAGCUGAAAUGCAGAAGUACCAUGCAGAGAGGGAGCGAGAAACUUCGGUCAAGAUCUACCAAUACCGGAGGCCUAUUGAUUCCUACGAUAUACCAAAGAGAGAGGAGGAAUCUUCAGGAAUGUUUUCUACGGACAGGAGCAAGUCAAGAUCUACUACGGAACUAAAUGAUACCCCCACAGAGAAAAACGGAAGCAGCAAAUAUUCUGACCGAAUCGGGACUACUAGCUUUUCUCAAAGGAGCUCCAGGAAGGACCAGGGCCCCUCAGAGGCAGAGUUGGAGAGACAGCAAAUCCUGCAGGAAAUGAGGAAGAGAACGUCUCUCCAUAAUGACAACAGCUGGAUCCGACAGCGCAGUGCGAGUGUGAACAAAGAGCCCAUCUGCCUGCCUGGGCUCAUGAGAAGAGGGGAGUCCCUGGACAACCUGGACUCCCAGCGGCCCAGUUCCUGGAGGCAGUCCCCAUGGAACAGCCAGCCUGCAGGGGUCUAUGCCUCCUCCUCUGUCCAAGACUUCAGUCGCCCGCCUCCACAGCUGUUGUCCACAUCAAACCGUGCCUACAUGAGGAACCCAUCCUCUGCGGUACCACCUCCAGCUGGCCCUGUGAAGACCAUCAUCCCAGGCCCUGCCCCCCCAGGGUCUCCUACCCCACGCAGCUGUUCCCCUUCCAUUUCACAGUCUGGCUCCCAACUCCGCAACAGGUCAGUGAGUGGGAAGCGUGUGUGUUCCUACUGUAAUAACAUUCUGGGCAAAGGAGCCGCUAUGAUCAUCGAGACCCUGGGUCUUUGUUAUCAUUUACAUUGUUUUAAGUGUGUCUCCUGCGAACGUGACCUCGGAGGAUCCUCCUCAGGAGCUGAAGUCAGAAUCCGAAGCAACCAACUUUACUGCAAUGACUGCUAUCUCCGAUUCAAAUGUAAGAGAGCAAAUCAGAGAGAAAAUUUCUUGUCUUUUGAGGAGACCACGGGUUCCUAUGCCUUUUCCUGAGCCUGCAGCCACCUCUUCCUCAGGUUCACUACCAUAGGAUGGUGGGUCUUAGGGGUCAUAGUCUGUCCCAUUCAUAGAAGGGAUGUAGUGAAUCCCAACCACCAAGAAGGAGAUUGUGGAUUGGACGAACUGAAGGGGCUGGUACCCAGAAAUCAGGACAUUGUCUCUGGUUUGCAAAGAAACCUCUAAUGACUCCUGGGCUCAGAAUAAAGGUUAAGACAAGUCUGCUUUCUGAUUAAGGCCUCAUCUCUCAUCAGCUCAUUUCCAUUGUCUGAUGAUGAGAGCUUAUUAUGUGACUUAUAAUCAACUCUGAAAAAUGAUUGAACCUGAGUAUCACUUUCUGCUUUAUGAUAAUAUGUAGCCAUAUAUCCAUACAUAUAUUUUUUGAAGAAGAGAGCCUUAAUUCUGUUUAUAAGGAGUUUCAAUAUUAUUGAAUUUAAAAACAAUUUAAAUGCUACUUCCUUUCUAAGUAUGUGUUCGAGCCUUGUGAAGUAUAGGGUAGCAUAACUUGGUUGUGUAUUGUUAUAGCUUCAGCAAGACAAUAGUUACUGCUGUAUAUCAUUUUGAACCUUGACGCUGGUAACAUGUUUCUUCCUUGUGAAAGGGUGUUACAAGUGGUACCUACAAACCUAUUGCUUUUGAACUCGGAGGUAUUUAUAUGGCCCCUUAUAUGAAGCGUGUUUGGAAAUGAUUUGAACUGAUCAACUCUCUUUUAUCUGUCAAUGGCUUCUGAGCCUUAUUUGCUGGCUGUCCAGGCCUCUCUUGGAUAUUGAUCCUGAAGUUGGGAGCAUAUCAAGGCUGGGCAUGGGAUCUGGGGUGGUGGUGUGUAUUGUGUGUGCAUUUUUUCUCUUUUAAAUCCAAAGCCAAAUAUCACUGAUUUUUGGAGCUAUUGCCCAUGCCUUUUCUCUCCUUCAGUACAAAUAAUAGAGAGUUGCAGGCCUUUUGUUUUCUGAUUUAGCAGCUAGUUUUUACUCUCUUUUGCAAAUAAAGAGUUCUAGCCCCAAGAGGCUGCAUUCUGCCUACCUUUAUCCUAAGACAGAGUGACAGGCAACUCUUUCUACCUCAUUGGGCCCCUCUGAGUGACGACUGCUAUGUAUCCCAUGUGCUGAUAUUUACAUGCUUCUGAGUCUGAGCACCUUUCUCUCUUCUCUCCCUGC